AACGUUUUUAAAUUAAAAAAUAAAAACAGUUGGUAUUCUUUUAAUGCAUAGAAAUGACUAAAGGAAAAAAUCCAAAAAUCGACACCAGCAGGAUUUGAACCUGCGCGCGGAGACCGCAAUAGAUUUCUAAUCUAUCCCUUUAACCACUCAGGCAUAGUGUCUAACUGUUGAAAGUACUCGCAACAAUAGAUAUGUAUGUUAUUAGGUAUGAAAUGAAGAAAAAGGUCUGAGUAUCGUUGACACGGAAAACACAAGGUCAUAUCGGAUGAAAGCGCUUUUCGUAAAAUUACUUAAGAAGUUAUACAAAUUUUUAGGGAAUAGAAUAGGACGACUCGUAUUCACGUGAAACGAACACUGACUAUGAACUGGAUUGGCAUCGCUCAUGCUCGUUAACCACAUACGAGAGCUUACCAUUGUGUUUCCUGUUCAUUCUACUUGGCUCUCUUGUUUACAACGCAUAUGUUAGCGGGACCAAUAGAAACUAGUAUGCAAGCUAUGUAAAGGAAAUCUUUACUUUUAAUGGUAUAGGAGUUGCUGGUAGGAAAAUGAGACUUUCACCGACUAGCAGAAAGUCUUUGUAUAAACGCGAAACACAUGGGUUAGAACAGAUUACUGUAACAAAUGAACACGGGAGGCUGUGUGACCUAGAGGACGUAUUUGAGUACGGACCGUUUACUUUGACGGGAAUACUGGUAGCAAAUACACAGGAAAAUGAACGUCGGAAAGAGAAUACCACUCCUCUUGGUCAUUCCAUCAAAAUAUCACCGAUCUGGAUGUACAGCCUGAAUGACGAUUUUAAAGAAGGAAUAAUGAGGAUAUACAUUCCGACAUUGAAUCGUCGAUAUGUUAUCUUGUCUUCUUCAACUGAGUAUCAACCGUAUUUUGACCAGAUUUUGGAAAAAAACAGACUAUUCUAUGUAUUAAAGGAUAAAUUUAAGCAAGACAUGGUACGAGGACAUUUGCAAGACUAUGACAGCUACAUUUCCGUUGUAACGGACAAAAUGAAUUGUGCAUCCGAAUACCAUGCUAUCUUAUUAAUCCAAAAACACCUUCGUUUUCUCUUGUCGCAAAUGACCAGCAGUCAUUCUCUUCAUAUAUGGGCGGAAUCACCCUUUUUACACCGGAUUCGUUCUUCCUAUGAACAUACCAUAUAUCAAAUCCAUAAAAAUAUCCAGAGUGUUCGCUCUCGGCGGAGAAAUACCAAGCGAUCAUCGGUUGCUGAAAAAGAGAAUCAAGGCCUUCAACUUUUGGAAACUCAGAAACCGCCUUCUUUGGCUUUUCAACCUGUUCAACCUGUUCACUCAGCGCCUCUCACCAUAGACCAACAACAGUUUUCUGUGCAAACACUUCCUAUACGAUACCCUCACAAUGACUCUUGGCUUCCUGGUCUUCGGAUUCUCGAUCCAAACGUUGAUGCUAUCACCCUGUGGAAAGGAAUCAAAGCAGCACAAGAAAAUUCUAACUUUUCUUCAAUUUCUCUUGAGAAUGCAUCCCAAAUUGUUGCUCAGAAUUUUCAUACCACAACCUUGGAAGCUAAAACAAGAAUUGUCGGGCAUGGAGAAACAUUGUUGCAAUUAAUGUAUUCUGCACCUUUCUGGCGAGGAUCAAUUUUAUUUAACGAAUUGAAACAUGCUAUUGGAUAUCAAAUUACAAUAAAUCAAGCCAGAGUGCAAUUUCGGGAGCGUUGUCGACAGCGUAUCCAAUGGGUCGAUCAUUCUUUCCGCAAGUCGGAAAACGAAAUUGAUGAUAUCGAUCCAUUCUUAAAGAAAAUAGACACUAGCAAAGUUUCUCUGUUUUUGUAUAACUUUCUCCUUAGACAAAUAAGUCUUGGGUUGCCAGGUGCAGAUUAUUCGUACGCUCAAUACGUGCGUUUACUAAGUAUGAAGUAUGCUACGCAGCAAGAUAGAGUUGAAGAUCUAUUAACUAGUAUUCUUCCCGAAUUUUUACAGUACUUCUCAAAUGAAUUUGGCUACUGGCCGGUAUUCUCAAUUUAUAGUUACUUAUAUGAGUUGUGGAAAAAAUUAUAUCCGGAUGUUCGCUGUAAUUUUCCUAAUCUUUGGGACGAGGUGUAUCUUAACAAGAAGAAUACCUUUUCAAAUAUCGUGAAGGGUCUCCCAGUAACGACAACGGUUCCUGCUCCUUCCACUUCUAUACCCUUCAACCCACGAGCGGCCUCAUCGAAUUCAACAAAUUUGACUAUGCUUCAAUAUUCGGAUGUUGAAGCUGAGAAACAACGGCAAAUUAUGUUUUGUGAGUUGCAAAAAGUCUAUCCUGUCCGGUUGGAAUCUGAUAAGCACUCAGGCAUUUGGACUUGUCCUGUACAAUGUUGUUUGUAUUAUUCAGUAAACGAGAAUCCAUUAAAGGCCAGUCCUCAUGUUUAUGUACAUUUGCGAGGCCAUUUGAAAUCCGAACCUGUGUUGCGUGGAUUAUCCGAUAACAUGAGCACUUUGAAUGAGGAAAUUGAAUUGGCGAGUCAUGAAAUGUAAUCACCUAUCAAGUAGGCGGAAUACGGUUCACACAUGUCAGUGAAUGCAGUCUUACAUUAUUAUUAAUAGAUUUGGCUACAAUGGGAUACGGUAAUUAUAAAAAGUAUCCUCAAAGGGAAGCGGUUUAUGGUCAAUAGAGGAAAUUUAGAUAUAUAUGUUGAAUUAAUGUAUGUCGGAUAAGAGAGAUUAUAAUCAUAAGCAAAAGCUAG